CCCUUCCUUUCCCCCUCCAUUUUUAAAUUUUCCUCCCGCUCCCCCUCCGCACCCGGCACUUCCGGCUGGUUUCCGGGCGGUUUCCGGGUGAGCGGCUCCUGAGGCGGCGGCGGCGAUGCUGGAGGCGGCGGCGGGGCCCGCGGCGGGCGGCGCGGAGCAGCGCGGGAGCCGCUUCAGCGUCCUGACGUGGGAGCAGGUGCAGCGGCUGGACCAGAUCCUGGGCGAGGCCGUGCCCAUCCACGGCCGAGGCAAUUUCCCCACGCUGUCGGUGCGGCCCCGCACCAUCGUGCAGGUUGUCCGUAGCCGCCUGCAGAAGAAAGGAAUCACCGUGCACAACGUCAGGCUGAACGGCUCAGCAGCCAGCCACGUCCUGCACCAGGACAGUGGCUUGGGCUACAAGGACCUGGACCUCAUUUUCGGGGUGGAUCUGAAGACUGAAGACGUUUUCCAGCUGGUUAAAGACGUGGUCAUGGAUUGCCUGCUGGACUUCCUCCCCGAAGGCGUCAACAAGGACAAGAUCACGCCCAUGACCCUGAAGGAGGCCUAUGUGCAGAAGCUGGUGAAGGUGUGCAACGAGACCGACCGCUGGAGCCUCAUCUCUCUGUCCAACAACAGCGGCAAGAACGUGGAGCUCAAGUUCGUGGAUUCUCUGCGGCGCCAGUUCGAGUUCAGCGUGGACUCCUUCCAGAUCAUCCUGGACUCGCUCCUGCUCUUCGGGGAGUGCUCGGAGAACCCCAUGGCCGAGAGCUUCCACCCCACGGUCACCGGGGAGAGCAUGUACGGAGACUUCCAGGAGGCCAUGGAGCACCUGCGGCACCGCGUCAUCGCCACCAGGAACCCCGAGGAGAUCCGGGGCGGGGGGCUCCUCAAGUACUGCAACCUCCUGGUCAGGGGCUUCAAGCCCAAGUCAGAGGUGGAUAUGAAGGCCCUGCAGAGGUACAUGUGCUCCAGGUUUUUCAUAGACUUCUCCGACAUCGGCGAGCAGCUGCGCAAGCUGGAGUGUUACCUGCAGAGCCACUUCGUGGGCAUGGAGGGCAGCAGGUAUGACUAUUUGAUGACCCUGCACAGGGUGGUCAACGAGAGCACGGUCUGCCUCAUGGGACACGAGAGGAGGCAGACCCUGAACCUCAUUGCCAUGCUGGCUGUGAGGGUCCUGGCUGAGCAGAACAUCAUCCCCACCGUCACAAACGUUACCUGCUACUACCAGCCAGCCCCUUACGUCAGUGAAAUAAACUUCAACUACUACGUGACCCACGUGCAGCCCUUCCUGCCUUGCAAUCAGUCCUACCCCACGUGGCUUCCCUGUAACUGA